ACUCGGCGUUCCGGGCCAGUUCUUCUGCUCGCAGCUCUGCUUCGCCAAGAACUACCCGCUCCAUGUCAAGAAGAAGCACGUGCCCAAGCCCCUGCCGUCGUACAACUUCCCGCCGGGCACCUCGGAUCCGUUCAAGACGAUCAAGGGCCACAAGUACACGGGCGCGCUCCGAGCCGUGUACCCGGACGAGCGCGUCCCGAUGCGCAAAGUGCCCGACCACAUCCCUCGGCCCGACUACGCCCUCGACAAGAACGGUGCGUCGGCGUUGGAGAAGGCGGCAAACGGUACCGAGAAGCAGGGUCGUGUACUCGACGCCGAGCAGAUCGAGGGCAUGCGCAAGGUCUGCCGGUACGCCCGGGAGGUCCUCGACAUUGCGGCGGCGGCGAUUCGGCCGGGCGUCACGACGCUCGAGAUUGACGAGAUCGUGCACGCCGAGUGCAUGAAGCGCGACUCGUACCCGAGCCCGCUCGGCUACCACCUCUUCCCUCGCUCGGUGUGCACGUCGAUCAACGAGGUCAUCUGCCACGGCAUUCCCGACGCCCGACCGCUCGAGGACGGCGACAUCCUCAACCUCGACGUGACCCUGUACCACGGCGGCUUCCAUGGCGACAUCAACGGCACCUACCCGGUCGGCUCGUCGGUCCCGCAGGUCAACCUCGACGUCAUCGCGUGCGCGCGCGAGUGCCUCGACGAGUCGAUCCGCAUGUGCAAGCCCGGGACGCGGUACCAGGACAUCGGCGCCAAGGUCGAGGAAAUCGCAAAGGCGCGAGGGUUCCAGAGCAACAAGACGUACUGCGGCCACGGCAUCAACCAGCUCUUCCACUGCAUGCCCAACAUCCCUCAUUACGCCGGCAACCGCGCGACGGGCACGAUGAAGCCGGGCCAGACGUUCACGAUCGAGCCCAUGAUCUGCGUUGGGCAGCAGAAGGAGGUCCACUGGCCCGACAACUGGACCGCCGCCACCAUCGACGGCAAGGCCUCGGCCCAGUUCGAGGAGACGCUCCUCAUCACCGAGACGGGCGUCGAGGUCCUCACGGCCGCGCCAGGGUGGGCGCUCCCGCAAAAGGAGGCCGGGCCCGUCGCGGGCUCGACGGCGGCCGAGGGCGGCGCGGCACCGGGCGAGGGCGCCGAGAAGAAGAAGAAGAACAAGAAGAAGAAGAAGACCAACAAGGCGGCGGGUGCGGGUGCGGGUGCGGCGGCCGGCGAGGGCGAGGGCGAUGGAGAAGGUCCGAGCGGGUCGGCAGACGGCGCAGACGAGGCCACCGAGGCAUGAGCGGCGCCAGCUGCAACUAGACUUAUUUCUCUC